AUGUUUUCUUCACAAAUUGAAUGGCAUUGUACUCAAUGCGAAUCUGGUCCAACUGAUCGUCGAAAAUAUUGUGCUGAUUGCGAUUCGAUGCUAACUUGGACAUGUACUGGUUCGCAAAAAUCUGGUUUGUACACCAAUUAUUAUCGUCAUCGUGACAACUGUGAUUAUUGUACACCAGAACUUGAAGAAGAAAGACAAAAAAAUAUGGAAGAGAAGAAAGUUGCUAUUCAAGAACAUUUUCAAAUUUUAGAUGAUAAUCAACGUCCAUGGUCAGAAUGGAAACGUACUGAUGCAUCUUGCAUACAGCAUACUGGGCACGACGUUGAACAAGUACAAGAAUUAUAUUCUAUGUGUGAAGAAUCAUUAGUAAAUUAUUGUUCCCAUAGAAACAAGUUACAUUGGAACAAUACCAACACAUCCUAUUUGUCUUCAAUGAAUUUGCUUGUGGUUACAUUAUGGUAUUUAAAACAUUAUCAUUCUGAACGCUACAUUGCUUCAGAAUUGAAUCUUAGUCAACAAGUGGUGAAUUAUUUCUUAUCAGCAGUAGUGGAUAUUUUAUAUUCGUGUGUAUAUCAAGCAUUCCUUUCUUUACCUGCUGAUCUAGUUAACAGAAGAACACCACAUGGACCUCAACAACAUCAUAAAUUAAUUGUUGACUCGACUUUUAUUGCAAUUCCUGAACCGCAUGAUUCAGAAAAACGUAAAGAAUAUUAUCAUGCAAAAUGUCCAAUAAAUUAUGCAAUAAAAGUUCAAAUAGCUUUUCUUCGAGAAUCAGAUCUAUUAGAACCUGUUGAAGAAUCUGUACAAAUUAUUGGUGACAAGGGGUAUAUCGGUGAAGAAUAUGUAGUAACUCCAAGAAAGAAACCUCGUGGACGUGAAUUAACACAAGAAGAUAAAGAUUUCAAUCGUGAUAUUAAUAGUGCGAGAGCGGCGAUUGAAAAUAUUAAUCAACGUCUUAAAACGUAUUCUAUUCUUGGUGGUGUUUACAGAGGACCUGUUGAUGAUUUUCAUAAAAUAACUAAAAUCAUACAAGUCGUUGCUGCUUUAUGUAAUUUGAACUUGAAUAAACAUUUUAUUCGUAGAUAA